UUUAGUAAUAGACUCUUUAGUAAUAGAUAGGUACCUAAACAUGUGGUUCUGGGAGGGGUUAUUGAAUUUUGGGAUCCGGGGUUAUAAGGAUCCUAUCACGUCUACGUUACAAUAUGCCCGGUGAGUGGAGAACAAAGAUGGGAAUAAUUCGUCGUAACAGCGUUAAUGUAAAUCUCACCAUUCAAACAUACAUUAUUACCCAUGCUAGUUACCAUGGAAUCACUCAUCAUCCUUUUCCAAAAGACAUUGGUUGAGCACACAUUGAGAUCCCUUGCCGUCGGGAGUCUUCUCGCAGUACUGCUUUACCUUGUUGGAAAUGAAAUCCUGCGCAGUCAAUCGCGAAUUUCCGGAUUGAAAGGCCCAAGAGGUCUCCCAAUUUUUGGCAAUUUAAUCGACAUAUGGUCUAAUGCGGCAUUAAAGUAUCAGCAAUGGGCCAAAGAGUAUGGCGAUGUCUAUCAGGUCCAAUUAGGGAAUACUAGCGUUGUUGUUGUCAAUAGUGCUGCUACGGCGAAGGAAUUAUUUAUAUCUAAUUCUCAAGCUUUAAGUUCUCGGCCUAUAGCCUAUACAUUUCACAAGGUAGCUUCCAGUACUGCUGGCUUCACGAUUGGCUCGUCGCCCUACGACGAUAGCUUAAAGCGAAAGAAGAAGGCUGCGGCCGUAGCAUUGAAUCGUCCCGCUAUCAAAACAUACGUCCCGUACCUUGAUAUAGAGACGAAGACGUUUAUUCAGGAUCUCCUCAACUAUGGAAAAGCCGGGAGGGUUGCAGUUGAUCCACUUCCCCUUGUUCAACGAGUGAGCCUCUCGUUGAUGACAACAAUCAAUUGGGGCGUCCGGAUUACUUCUAUCGAAGAUGAAUUGUUUAAAGAGAUAGUAUCCGUCGAGGAGGGACUCAACAAAACCAGAUCCACUGUCGGCAAUACUCAAGAUCACAUUCCUCUCCUACGCCUUAACCCCUUAAACCAGAAUUCUGCGAAUGCUCGACAAUUGCGCCAGCGCCGAGAUCGGUACCUUUCCAUACUGAAUAAGGACCUCGCGGAGAAAGUAGCAAAAGGCACUAACAAACCAUGCAUCCAGGCGAGCGUAAUCAAGUAUAAGGACGUUCAGCUCAGUGAUACCGAAUUAGUUGCUUUCAGCUUGUCCGUGCUGGGUGGUGGUUUCGAGACGGUGUCGACUACUGUGCAAUGGUCGCUUGCUUACUUUGCGCUGCAUCCGGAGAUCCAAGAUAAAGCCUAUGCGGAAAUUCAGCAAUUCCAGGGGUCCAAUGAGCCAUUGUGCGAUGCUGCCGACGAUCAGAAAUGCGCUUACGUACUAGCACUGGUAAAAGAAGCUCUUCGAUACUUCUCUGUCAUCCCGCUAGCGUUACCAAGAGCAUCCAUCAGAGAUGUUGAAUACAAUGGCGUCGUAAUACCGUCUGGGAGCACUGUUUACAUGAAUGCAUGGGCCUGUAAUCACGACCCCGAACUAUGGUCUGACCCCGACAGUUUCCUGCCCGAACGAUGGUUAGAGAAACCAGAAGCCCCUUUAUUUACGUUCGGCCUGGGAUACCGUAUGUGCGCGGCGCAUAUCCUUGCUACCCGUGAAGUGUAUAUUAUCUUUAUGAGGCUAUUGAGUAGUUUUCGCUUCAUGGCCUCGGGUGAUAUACGAUGCGAUCCUAGCGUCGAUAUGGUUAACCCAAAAGAUUUAAUCAUGGUUCCUAAACCAUAUCGUGUAUACUGUGUGCCUAGGGACGAAGAGAAGCUCAGGGCAGCACUGGAUAUAUCUGAAUAAAGAAACGGUCCUGGAGCAACUAUUAUCACGUCAUUAAAUUAACCUUACUUGAAUAUCGCGCUCUAGUUCCCCUUUAUACGAUAACGCGAGGGAUGAAUCCCGAGCCGGGAUAGAUACCGGGAAUGUGCUGGAUGCGAUGCUGGAUUUGUGAGAACGAAACUUAUUCUUAAUCACCGUCACUACUUUUCUCCGCUCCCAAUGAAGGCAAAGAAUUCCAACCCUGAUUAUGGGUGUUUGUGGUCAUACAUACCGAUAAUAUCCUUUGUUCUAAACGUUUCACCCAGAAUCCUAAGGGUUUCCGAUAUGUAUAUAGCACAUUGUUAAGGAUACGGUCUCUUUCAGGAGUUAUAAAGACUCCUGAAAAGUUUAAACAGUUCAUAAUCAUAUUGUCCACAAUUGGCUUC